AACUGGUGGAAACAGCACUUAACACAGGCUGUUCGCUGCAGAUAAAGCUUGAGCUUUGAAAUCAACAAGGUAGACAUUUGCCAUAGGAACAUUAAUAAAUAUUUCUACCUUAUUUGUUACUAGACCAAACAGAAAAAUGAUCUAUCCUUUCUACUUUUCCUUAGGUAUUGCAAUGCUUGCGUACGCACAAGGCUGGUCCUAUUUCUAUUCCCCAGUAAACAUGACAUAUGAGAAUGCUCGACAGUACUGUAAAAAUGAAUACACUGAUUUGGUUGCAAUCCAAAAUCGAGCUGAAAAUGAGUACCUGAACAAUAUUUUGCCUUUCAACCCCACAUAUUAUUGGAUUGGAAUUCGCAAAUUACACAACCAGUGGACCUGGGUGGGAACUAAGAAGGUUCUGACAGAAGAGGCAAAGAACUGGGCAACCAAUGAACCCAACAACAAGAAAAGCAAUGAAGACUGUGUGGAGAUGUAUGUCAAAAGAAGCAAGGAUGAGGGGAAAUGGAAUGAUGAGCCCUGCACUAAAAAGAAGGUUGCUUUGUGUUACACAGCUGCUUGCCACUCUUCCUCCUGUAGCGGUCAUGGAGAAUGUAUUGAAACAAUUAAUAACUACACCUGCAAAUGUCAUGAAGGAUUUUAUGGAGCUGAAUGUGAAAAUGUUUUGAAGUGCCCUCCCAUAGUUGACAAUGAACAAGGAUUCGUCACAUGCAGUCAUAUAUAUGGGAACUUCACAUACAAUUCAAGUUGUAAAUUUACAUGUCCUGAUGGAUUUGUCUUGAAUGGAUCAGACACUAUCCAUUGCACAACUCUAGGAGAAUGGACAGAUGACAUCCCUCAUUGUGAAGCUGUGACCUGCCCAGCCCUUUUAGUUCCUCCACAAGCAUCCAUGGACUGUGAUGAUGAAUUUGGGAAAUUCAAAUAUAACUCCAGGUGCUCCUUCAGAUGCAAUGAAGGUUUCAUCCUAACAGGAUCUGAGUCCAUACAGUGCUUUUCACAUGGGUCUUGGAGCUCUCAUACUCCCACUUGUCAAGCUAUCAGCUGUCCAGAUAUUUCAGUCCCUGAACAAGCAUCCAUGGAUUGUGAAGAUGAAUUUGGGGAAUUCAAGUUAAACUCCAAUUGUUCAUUUAAAUGCAAUGAAGGUUUCAUCUUAGUUGGCUCAGAAUCAUUACAGUGUUCUUCAAUUGGAAGCUGGAGCUUUGAUAUUCCAACAUGUCAAGCUGUACAGUGUUCCUAUUUGAAACCUCCAGUCAAUGGUCAGAUAGAAUGCCAAGAAGGUUCUUAUUAUAAUUCUAAGUGCACAUUUACCUGUGCAGAAGGCUUUAAGAUUGCUGGUGCAUCAGAUCUUAAGUGUUUAGGAUCGGGAGAAUGGACGUCUCUUCCACCAAUUUGUGAAGCUUUAGAAUGUGAAGCGCUUCAGAUUCCAGAUAUGGGCAGAAUGAAUUGUACACACCCAUUAGGGAAAUUUAAAUAUGGAUCUCAGUGCAAAUUUGCCUGUGGGAAUGAUCUGCUACUGAAAGGAACAAACACUCUAGAAUGUGAUAGUGCCGGAAAAUGGAGUGCACCUCUUCCAACCUGCAAAGCUCCCAGGGUGACAAAUAAUUCUGUGGACACCAUAACAAUUGGAGUGGCUGCAGGAGGAGCUUCUGUUUUGUCAGCUGCAUCCCUUGUGAUAUGGAUGAUAAAGCGCCUUCGAAAAAAUGCAAAGAAAUUUACUCCUUCAAGUAGUUGCCAAAGUCUAGAAGCAGCAGAAUCAGGCAGCUACCAGAACAUUGAAGAGUACGUCCAUGACAUUUAAAACAUGGUUGCUGUACAUCCUUUUUCUGGCAUGUUGAAUAUUUAUACGACAUAAAGAUGAUAUUGUGGAGUGCCCUCAAAAUUCAGACUAUUUAAGACUCAGGCUCAACAGCAACUGUAUGGAUUUCAUAUGGAACAUUUGUUGUUAUUUUGCAUUGCCCACAGUUUUUUUUAUUUAGGAAUUCCUCUUUGCAAGACCAUUUUAUCUGGACUGACUGGUAA